AGUUUGGCCUCUCAUUCUAAUUGGGUGUAAUGAAUUGUGUAGCAACAAGAUGGUAGAAUGGAGUGGUUUGCUAUAUAAGAGAAUUCUUAAACCAGUGAGUGAACAUGAUAUGAAGCUUUCACAAAUUGAUAUAGGUAAACACCACAAUCUAUAGUUUAUUAUAUAAUCUGUUUUCAUGGCAAAAACAAUUAAUGUAGCUAUUGUUACAAGUCCUGGUUACACUCAUCUGGUUCCAAUAAUUGAGUUCAGCAAACGACUUAUCAAUCAUCACCCAAAUUUUCAUGUGACAUGCAUUGUUCCCUCUCUUGGGCCACCCCCAGAAUCCUCCAAAGCCUACCUUGAAACUCUUCCUUCAAAUAUUCACACCAUCUUGCUUCCUCCAAUUAGCAAAGAUCAAUUACCCCAGAAUGUACACCCUGUGUUCCUGAUUCAACUCACUAGUAAUCUUUCUCUGCCAUCGAUACACGAGGUGCUGAAAUCAUUGUGCUCCCAAGCACCUUUAACAGCAUUGGUGGUUGAUGUUUUUGCAUAUAAGGCUGUGGAGUUUGCAAAGGAGUUCAACGCCUUGUCGUAUUUUUACUUCCCUAGUUCAGCUAUGACAUUGUCACUGCUUGCACACGCACCAAAACUUGAUGAGGAAGUUUCAGGUGAAUUCAAAGAUUUAUCUGAACCUAUAAAGUUUCCUGGUUGUGUACCAAUCAUGGGGGUUGAUCUUCCGGAUCCAUCCCAAAGCCGAGCGAGUGAAAUCUACAAGCAUUUUCUUGAACGUGCCAAAGCAAUUGUUACAGCUGAUGGGGUGUUGAUCAACACGUUCUUAGAGAUGGAAGCAGGCGCUGUGAGAGCGUUGGAAGAGUUUGGAAAUGGGAGGUUUAAACUGUACCCUGUUGGUCCAAUCACGCAAAAGGGUUCAGUCAAUGAGGUUGAUGAGUCUGAUAAGUGUUUAAGAUGGUUGGACAAGCAGCCAGCUUGGUCAGUGUUGUAUGUUUCUUUUGGAAGUGGUGGAACACUGUCUAAAAACCAAAUCGAUGAGUUAGCUUUGGGUUUGGAAUUGAGUGGUCAAAGGUUCUUGUGGGUUUUGAGAGCACCAAACAAUUCAGCAAGUGCUGCUUACCUUGAGGCUUCAAAGGAGGAGCCUUUGCAAUUCUUACCAAGUGGGUUUUUGGAAAGGACAAAGGAGAAAGGUUUGGUUGUGGGUUCAUGGGCACCUCAGGUUCAGAUCCUUGGUCACAGUUCAGUUGGUGGGUUCCUGAGCCAUUGUGGUUGGAACUCGACUUUGGAGAGUGUGCAAGAGGGAGUGCCUCUGAUAACAUGGCCACUCUUUGCAGAGCAGAGGAUGACUGCAGUGAUGUUAACCGAUGGACUUAACGUGGCAUUGAGACCAAAAUUUAACGAGGAUGGCAUAGCGGAGAAGGAGGAGAUUGCAAAAGUGAUUAAGUGUCUUCUGGAAGGAGAAGAAGGUGCAGGAAUGCGUAGAAGAAUGAGGAAUUUAAGAGAUUCUGCUGCUAAUGCACUCAAGGAUGGCUCUUCGACACAGACACUGUCUCAGUUGGCUAACCAUUGGCAAAAUUUCACUGGGAUUUAGGAAUGUUGUUCUUCUUCCAUACCUUUCUCUUAAGUUUGAUAUUUCUACGUAACUGUGUUUUGGGUGCUUCUCUAUACCCGUUUUCUUCGUGAGAAUGAAUUGAUGGUUUGUAAUGUAUCUUUUAACAAUUUUAUUUUUAGAAUUUUUUUUACAAUUAUUUAUAAUUAAUCU